AUGUCUAGUAGAACAAUAAAAAUUAUGUGCAAGGAAAAAAUCGUCCUGCUUAAUAAAAUAAUUAAUGUUGUAGAAUGUGAACUUAAAGUUAAAGAGUUCAAAUUGUUUCACACCAUACUGGCAAGAAUAAACGCAAAAUAUGGCGAGAAUGGAGACAAGAAAAAUAACAAUGAAGUGUGUAACAAGAAACAAGUUGAAUUUAAGCACACCAAAAUCAAGGAUUUCACAUCAGCUUCAGAUCAUUCCAAGAAAGAUUCUAAAAAAGAAAACCCAAAAAGAAAUGAAAACCGUGCUCUGCGUUUGAAAGAGACAGCACUUGGUCUCUCUUUUGGAAGUUCAGCUAGUUACACAGAUCCAGACGGUACUGCAGUUAUUACAUCAGAACUUUUGCCCGCUAUAACAGUUGAUCCACGAGUUACAUGGAAUUACUUUGACGAGCAAGGGUACAUUUCAAGAGGAAGUUUGGGAGCUGGGGAAGAUCCAUACGCUAGAAACAAGUUUAACCAAGAAGCUUCAGAUAGUCUUCCAAGUAAUCGUGAUAUUCCUGAUACGCGUAAUACUAUGUGUCGAUUAAAACGGUGGAGGGAUGAUCUGCCACCAACUUCUGUGAUCAUUACUUUUCACAAUGAAGCUCGAUCAACUCUUCUGAGAACAAUUGUGAGCGUUCUCAACAGGAGCCCGGAGCACCUAAUCAAAGAGAUCAUCUUGGUAGAUGACUUUAGUGACCACCCUGAAGAUGGAGAUGAGCUGGCUAAGAUCCAUAAGGUACGCGUCAUAAGGAACGAGAAGCGUGAGGGCUUAAUGAGAUCACGAGUAAAGGGAGCUGGUGCAGCUACAGCAGGCGUGCUAACAUUUCUAGAUUCACACUGUGAAUGUAAUGUCGACUGGUUGGAGCCACUGCUGGAAAGGAUUGCUGACGAUCCAAGCCGAGUCGUCUGUCCUGUCAUUGACGUCAUUAGCAUGGACAACUUUCAGUACAUCGGUGCCUCAGCUGAUCUAAGAGGUGGCUUUGAUUGGAGUCUUGUCUUUAAGUGGGAGUAUUUAAGUCAAGCUGAGCGCCAGGUUCGCCAAAAAGAUCCAACUCAGGCCAUCAGGACACCAAUGAUUGCUGGGGGUCUGUUUGUCAUAAACAAAGUCUACUUUGAGAAAUUGGGCAAAUACGACACACAAAUGGAUGUUUGGGGUGGCGAAAAUCUUGAAAUCUCGUUCCGAGUGUGGCAGUGUGGUGGCAGCCUGGAAAUAAUUCCAUGCUCAAGGGUUGGUCACGUAUUCCGCAAACGCCACCCAUACUCUUUUCCUGGUGGAAGUGGAAAUGUGUUCGCACGUAAUACUCGGCGAGCUGCUGAGGUCUGGAUGGACGAAUACAAAAUGUUCUACUACAGCGCUGUACCUCUUGCUCGCAACAUACCUUACGGCAACAUACAAGAGAGACUUGAGCUGAAACGUAAGCUACAUUGCAAGCCUUUCAGUUGGUACUUGAAAUACGUCUAUCCAGAAUUGAUAAUCCCCACAAAGAAUGGAGGACCAGGUGGAUCAUUGAGGCAGGGUGCUGUCUGCUUAGAUAGUAUGGGUCAUCUGCUUAACGGUACUGUUGCACUUUAUCCUUGCCACGACACAGGUGGAAAUCAGGUAGCAUCAUGUCCUGCUGCCCUCUGUCGUUUGAGCUUGCUCAUGACUCAUCCUUAUAGCUCUGCUCAGAGCAGCUUUUAA